UGCCAGAACCCCCAACCCAACCCCCCUCUCUCCUUCAUCAUCAUCAUCAUCAUCAUCAUCAUCUCUACACUACAGCAAUUACCCAAAUACUCAAUUCAAUUGUGUGCUUUCCUUGGUCAUACAUGGCCCAGAAAACGUAUGUGGUGUUUCAGCCUCCUCAUCACCACAACAACGACAAUGACGACGACGAUUUCCAAGAUUCCUGCAGAUCAUCUCUACCACCUAAACCCCGGCCACAAUCUCAGCCUCUGAAACCCUCCCCUUCCGCUAAUACUCUUCGCCCAUCCAAGAAACCCAAACCCCCCUUGGGUUUGGGAUCCUCUUUUCCCUCAAAACCUGCAACAACUCCCCAACAUUUUGAACCAGAUUUCACUACCAACCAUGCUUUUCCUUCCCAAGAAGAGGAUUGCUCCUUGGAUUCCAUCGACUCAACCCUAGGUUCCGGGAAUCCUCCUCAUAAUACUGUUGUUUCCAUUGCCCGGGAUUCUGCCUUUUCGGACCUGAAUCGGAAAGGGGUUUAUUCAUCCAAUUCAUUGGAGUCUAGGUUACUCACCUCUAUAGUCAAUCCUGCUCCCUCUGAUUAUUCUGAUAAUAAUGACAGCUUGGACAAUGGUAACAACUCCUCUGAUGAGUUUGAGCCUUGCACACAGCUUGAUGUGUUGAUUAAGUUAUGUUCUGACGAAAAUGAGCAAGAUGGUCACUCCAAUGGGAUUGACUUUGCUCAUCACCAAGAACACUGUUUCAAUAAUAGUCCUGUUUGUUGUCCCCUUUGUGGUAAUGACAUCUCAGAUUUGACCGAUGAAUUACGACAGGUUCAUACUAACGACUGCCUUGACAAAGACGAGACCACUCUAAAUUUGGUUUGUCCCAAUGAGGAUGUACAACCUCGGUGUUAUGGACAAGUUGUUGAUGGCUCUCCUAUUAAAUCUCCUCGGCAAAUUGCUGAUAUCUCUCCUGUUCUGGACUGGCUACGCGGUCUGGGUCUAGCUAGAUACGAAGAGAUUUUUGUUCAGGAAGAGAUCGAUUGGGACACUUUACAGUGGCUGACAGAAGAGGAUCUAUUCAGCAUAGGUGUUACUGCACUUGGUCCCAGGAAAAAGAUUGUUCAAUCCCUUAGUGAACUUAAAAAAGAAAGUUCCAAGACAACAGAGAUAAGGACAAAUGCCUCUAGAGAUGUAACUGAUGAGACUAGUAGAGUAGCUGUGAGCAAGUUGAUUACAGAUUAUUUUCCUGGUUCUGUUGGUCACAGGAAAAAAGAUUGCACUCCUUCUAGUGGACAACGUGAGAUUGAAAAAAGUCACAAAGAUGCUCGUCGUAAGCAGAUUGUGGUGAAAAAGAAUGUCAUGAAUGGAAAACUCAGGGACAUUCCCCAGUGGUGCUGCAUACCAGGAACACCAUUUCGAGUGGAUGCAUUCAAAUAUCUUAGAAGAGAUUGUUCCCAUUGGUUUCUCACUCACUUUCAUAUGGACCAUUAUCAAGGUCUCACUAGGUCCUUUUCUCAUGGGAAGAUUUAUUGCUCCCUUAUCACGGCAAGGCUUGUAAAUAUGAAAAUUGGGAUCCCGUGGGACGAAUUACAAGUUUUACCCCUCAACCAAAAGAUUUGUAUUGCUGGAAUUGAUGUGACAUGCUUUGAUGCAAACCACUGCCCAGGUUCAAUCAUAUUACUAUUUGAACCACCCAAUGGUAAGGCUGUUCUACACACGGGGGAUUUUCGGUUUUGUGAAGAAAUGGCAAAGAUACCUGUUUUGCAGAUGUGUUCUGUCCAAACUCUCAUACUUGAUACUACCUACUGUAACCCUCAGUAUGACUUCCCAAAGCAGGAGGCUGUAAUUCAGUUCGUUGUUGAGGCCAUCCAAGCUGAAGCUUUCAACCCAAAAACUCUUUUCUUGAUUGGCAGCUACACGAUUGGAAAAGAAAGACUGUUUUUAGAGGUGGCUCGUGUCCUCCGCAAGAAAGUCUAUGUCACUGCAGCUAAGCUGCGCCUUUUGGAAUGCUUGGGGCUUUCUAUGGAAGAUAUGCAGUGGUUCACGUUGAAUGAACGGGAGAGCCACAUUCAUGUUGUGCCAAUGUGGACACUUGCAAGCAUCAAACGAUUGAAAUGUAUAUCUAAUCAAUAUGCGCACCAAUACAGUCUCAUAGUUGCUUUCACUCCUUCUGGUUGGACAUUUGGUAAAGGAAAGAAGUCUUCAGGAAGAAGAUGGCAGCAGGGUACAAUUGUAAGGUAUGAAGUCCCAUACAGCGAGCAUUGUAGUUUUACUGAACUCAAAGAGUUUGUCAAAUUUAUAUAUCCUGAAAACAUUAUACCGAGCGUAAAUAAUGAUGGUCCAGAAUCUGCCAACGCGAUGAUUUCCUUACUGUUAUCUUGAUGUGUUGACUUGCUUACGUAUGGAGGAUAUAUGUCUGAGCAUGAUUGGUCCAAAAAUGUCAUGUUGGACUUAUUUCGUGUUUCCCUUUUGCAUCUAAUUGGGAAACUUUUAUUCUUUGUUUUACUAUAGUAUGUUGUAAUUUCACUGGUUGGUGGAUGCAGAUGAGACAACUCGUCUCGGCUGACUUCCUGUUUGGUUUGGCUAAUAAAUGUUAUGGAUCUUCUUUCUUC